UGCAUACUACUUGGCUAUGCUAUACUAUGUUGCCGUCCCAUACGGCCAUACCUUUGUCUCCUUGGAGGCAUCUCCUUGUUUCCAGAGAUAUGGAGCCUGUGGGUCCUUCCCUUUGCCUAUGUCAUUAUCGCCAAGAAUGCAUACAGCUUAGGUGAGUUUCUUUGGCUUGAUGGCACAAUCCAAGGUUGGUGGAAUGAUCAAAGAAUCCGGAUGUUCAGAAGGACAACUUCCUACUUCUUUGGCUUCCUCGAUACGAUCUUGAGGAUACUAGGCUUUGCUGAGACCACUUUUGCUGUCACUGCAAAGGUGUGUGAUGAAGAUGUGUCUCGAAGAUACGUACAAGAAAUCAUGGAGUUCGGCUCUCCUUCACCAAUGUUUACCAUUUUAGCAACACUUGCAAUGCUCAAUCUGUUCAGUUUUGCCUUUUGUGUAAAGAGGGUGGUUGUGGAUAUUCAAAUUAAAACUUUAGAGUCAUUAGCUCGGCAGAUUAUCUUAUGUGGGCUUCUUGUUCUCAUCAAUCUGCCUGUAUACCAAGGGCUCUUUUUCCGCAAGGACAAGGGCGCCAUGCCAACCUCUGUCACAUACAAAUCAGUUUCUUUAGCGCUGUUGGCCUGUUCAAUAGCCUUGUAUUAGUUAACUGUAUCAGUAAGAAGUCUCUUUACCAAAACUUUAUAAGUCUUAUAUAAGGCUCUGAAGAACUGUUAUAUAUGUAUGAUUGAUGCAAUUUCAACUUUCAAUC